ACAGGGCACAGAACGCUCAAGGCAGUGCAGAUCCGUCGUACCUCAGUUAUAUUGAACUGUCACCAUCGCCAACUGUCGCGACGGCUAGAAACUCUCUCUCUCCCAUCGUCACCAAGGAGGGACCGAGUUCGCUACGAACCACAGAGAGAGAGAGAGAGAGAGAGAGAGAGAGAGAGAGAGAGAGAGAGAGAGAGAGAAUGGUGGGGAAGGGGAAUAGCCCGUUGAAAAGGGCAACGGGGUUGGUGAUGCUCGGCUGCUUGGUGAUGGUGCUAUGCUGUGGAAUAAGCGUGGAGGCUAAGUGCAAGGCGUGUCCGUGGAAAUGUGGUGCCUGCCUUACUUUGUAUGCUCCAGUCUGCGGAUGUGACGGUAUCACGUACUCCAACGCCUGCGUUGCUCAUUGUCAGUGCAUCGACAAGACGACGCCCGGAGCUUGUGUACCACGGCCGACCAAACCGUAAUUCCUGCUUUGCGGUGUGCGAAUGCAUCAACAAGUGCUUCUCGGAGGGAGAAUGCAAACCCAAGUAGUCAGACUCUGUCGGAGUACUUCUCGGUUCAUAUGGGAAAUGCAAAUCCAACUGAGCCGUGACAGUGGUAUGUGGCCACUGGAGCUUUUCGCGUCUCUCUUUCUUGAAGUACCUGGUGAUGGACAGUGGACUAUAAAGACUGACUUAAAGUUUGACUGUAUUAGUUCGGAGCGAGUUAUGGGUUUAAUAUAAAGACGGACUAAAAGUCUGACUGUAUUAGUUGGGAGCAAGUUAUGGUUUUAACGGAUGCUUCAUCUGACUGAUGAUAAUGAGCUUCGCCUGACAGUGUGUUUGUAACUUUGUAAUGCGGUUGAAUGUGAGGAGGUAGUAGGACAAACUUCGGACAAAGCGUGGCAGAGGGCACGGAGCUC